UUUUUUUUCUGAUUUUUGUUCUUCACCCCUUCACCAACUCCCUCCUCUCCUUUCCCACCUCCUCCACUGCCACACUCCCAAGAACAAGCACCAUGGCCGAGACUACGAUUCAAGUCCACGAGAUGUUUGACACCAUCCUCAUUCUGGACUUUGGUUCCCAGUACUCGCACCUGAUCACCCGCCGCAUUCGCGAGUUCGGUGUCUACUGCGAGCUGUUGCCAUGCACCCAGAAGAUCUCGGAGCUGACCUGGAAGCCCAAGGGUAUUAUCCUCUCCGGAAGCCCUUACUCUGUCUACGACCAUGAUGCCCCUCGUGUCGACCCCGGUGUCUUCGAGUUAGGUGUCCCCGUCCUCGGGAUCUGCUACGGUCUCCAGGAAAUGACUAACUACUUCGGAGGCAAGGUCGAUCCCUGCGAUCACCGCGAGUACGGACCCGCUACCCUCUCCAUCUUGCCCGCCGGUGCCGCUGAUGCUCAGUCAUCCAUGUUGUUCGAGGAGUUGAGCAGCGAGUCCAUGGUCUGGAUGUCCCACGGUGACCAGGUCACUGCUAUCGCUGAGGGGUUCAGUGUUAUUGCCACCACCAACACUGCUCCCUUCGCCGCCGUCCGUCACAAUGAGAAGCCUCUGUUCGGUAUUCAGUUCCACCCUGAGGUCACCCACUCUGUUGAUGGAAAGCAGAUCAUCAAGAACUUUGUCGUCAAGAUCUGCAAGGCCGAGCAAAAGUGGACUAUGUCCGAGUUCAUUGGGAAGGAGGUCGAUCGCAUCCGUGCGAUCGUGGGAGAGAAGGGUCAAGUCAUCGGUGCCGUCAGCGGUGGUGUCGAUUCCUCAGUCGCUGCCAAGUUGAUGCACAUGGCCAUUGGUGAUCGCUUCCACGGAAUCUUGGUCGACAACGGAGUCAUGCGUCACAACGAGUGCGAGCAGGCCAAGAAGAUGCUUGUCGACAAGAUGGGCAUCAACUUGAAGAUCGCUGACGCCUCGGACCGUUUCCUGAACAACCUUGCCGGAAAGACUGACCCCGAGCAGAAGCGCAGGAUCAUCGGUAACACCUUCAUCGAUGUUUUUGAGGAGGAGGCCAAGGCCAUUGAUGAUGCUUGCGCUGCCUCCGGUACUCCACCAAUCGAGUUCUUGCUCCAGGGAACCCUCUAUCCCGAUGUGAUCGAGUCCAUCUCAUUCAAGGGACCCAGUGCCACCAUUAAGACCCACCACAAUGUCGGUGGUUUGAAGGAGAACAUGAAGUUGAAGUUGAUCGAGCCCCUCCGCGAGCUCUUCAAGGAUGAGGUCCGUGAAUUGGGAAGGCUUUUGGGCAUGGAUGAUGACCUUGUCUGGCGCCACCCCUUCCCUGGCCCUGGUAUUGCCAUCCGUAUUCUCGGCGAGGUUACCAGGGAGCAGGUCGCUAUUGCCCGCAAAGCCGAUUACAUCUACAUCGAGGAGAUCAAGAAGGCUGGUCUUUACCGUCAAAUUGCUCAGGCCUAUGCUGCCUUGUUGCCCGUCAAGGCCGUCGGUGUCAAGGGAGACAAGCGCACAUAUGAGCAGAUGAUCUGCUUGCGUGCUGUCGAAACCUCUGACUUCAUGACUGCUGACUGGUUCCCCUUCCCAUACGAUGUUCUCAAGAGGAUUUCGUCGCGUAUCUGCAAUGAGGUUGAGGGCGUCAACCGCGUUGUCUACGAUGUCUCGUCCAAGCCCCCAGCAACAAUUGAGCUGGAAUAAAAGGGCAGGCAGGCUUUUACUAGUACACUUUGCCUAUCAUUCUACACUAUUCUUCAUGCACGCAUUCAUUUUUCAUAGAUCAUCC